CGUCCGUACAAGUGCCAUCUUCCGGAUUGCGGGCGGGCAUUCAUUCAAUUAUCGAAUUUGCAGCAACACCUUCGAAAUCACGACGCCCAGGUGGAACGGGCGAAGAACCGGCCGUUUCAUUGCAACAUCUGCGGCAAAGGCUUCGCCACAGAAUCCAGCCUUCGUACCCACACGUCGAAGGUCAGUCAUGAGUUGCAACAGCGUGUUGUGUUCCAGCAACACGCCGCCCUGAUCGGCGGCCCGAAUGCAACCAGCUGUCCCGUCUGCCACAAACUCUUCCUCGGUGGCGAAGCUCUUAUGGAGCAUAUGAAGCACACCCACAAGGAUCCGAAUGCCUCCGGCGUUGCCACGAAGCGACGGACCGCCAACCACCCGUGUCCAGUGUGCGGAAAACACUACGUCAACGAGGGUAGUCUUAGGAAACACCUGGCCUGCCAUCCUGAGACCAGUCAACUUAGCACAAGCCUCAGGAUGUGGCCGUGCUCGGUGUGCCAAGCCGUCUUCACUCAUGAGAGCGGUUUAUUGAAUCACAUGGAGCACAUGAGAAUGGACCCGAAGCAUCAGUUCGCGGCGCAAUACGUUUUAAGUCGCGCCGCCGCUGAGAGGCGGGAGAGAGAAAUCCUCGCAUCUUCGAGUCUAGGUGCGGGAUUGGGUGUAUUGGGUAGCCAAUCAGGCGGACCACAAAAUUUGCAACAACCACCUAUGUGCCCUUCGCCGUCGGCUCAUUCGGACAGCAGCAGUGGAAAUGGAAGAUUAUCGUCGGCCGGUAGUGAACCUGACUUUUGCGCAGGUACCGGUCUGCUGAAUAACAAUAACAAUAAUAACAACAACAAUAUGGCGUCGCCGGGACCGAGUGGCAACAAGUUGAGCGAAAUGCUACGAGCAGGGAGUCAACCAGGGGCCGCGCAACAGUACCACGACGAGAUGCAGUCGCAACAACAACGUAUGGCAGUGAUGGCCGCCGCCGUGUCAGCGGGUUUGCAAAAUUCGGUAUCCCCGAAUCUGUCGCCGGUGGACAUGGCGUCCCUAGCGGCGGCAAUGAGGAUGGGAAACAACGGUGACAUGAGCGGUGGUGCGCAAGGAUCUACGGGACCGCAACAACAAGGAGUGCAAGCAACCGGACCAGAACAAACUCUGAGAAUGCACCAGGCGGAAGCGCUACUACGUUCUCAAGCUGAAGCCGCACUCAGGCUGGCAGUGUCGCAAGCGGCAGCAGCAGCAGCCAGUUCCGCGGUUGGCGGAGACGUAAGACAUCAUUUGGGACAGCAUAACGGAGGUAGUACCUCUGGCAUGCCGGGACAUCAUACAAACCAACAGAUGUCUCAACAAGACACCUUACCGCCUGAUAUCGGGGAAGCGCUGCGAUUACAAGAGCAGCGAUUAGAACAGGCCUUGAGGCUUCACGGUGAUCCUCGAGCCUUAAGUUUCACACUCCAGCACGUCGUCAAUCAACAGAACAAUCAGCAACCAUGAAAAUUCAGUUACUACUGAGACGAGUGGACCCCUUGGACGUCGGAUCAGACGGGCCUGCAGCAAGUUGAAAGACUCAAUCAGCAACCUCUUCAAGGCGCUGAACGUCCAAUAACUCUCAACGAGCAGCAACAGCAAGGUUCGUCUGGCAUCGGUCUUCAUCCUCAUCAACAACAGCAGCAGCAGCAGCAGCAGCAGCAGC